AUGGAUACAGUUCAAUUGCAAGUACAAAUAGGGGAAACGAAGACGGUAAUUUUUACUCCAGAACCAAAUAAUUACAUUGAUUUGGUUGAUGUUAUAAGGAAAGAAAUUCCUAAAACGCGCACGAUUGACUUUAGUCUCAUGUAUGAAAAUGACGAAGGGGAGUAUGUUGUUAUGAACAGCCACGACCCAUUAUGUAUACGUAUUGCUUUUGCAUCUGCAAAAACUAUUCCCGGUACUGAUGUACGGCGUUUAAAAAUCCGGAUAUUUGAGGGAUCUUCUCCUAGUGUCAAGGUUGUAGAAGCGGCAGAGAAAAACGACAGCACAGCCACAGGUGGAAUUGCUUGCAGGGCCACCGAACGUCCACGUGAAGUGCAAGCCAAAAAGCGAAUACGUCUCGAAAAUAGGUUGCCAAUUCCUUCUAUGCCGACUCUAAAUGACGAUGAAGAAUCUGAAACUGAUAGCGAUAAUGAUAUUGCAGAUCAAGUGGAUACACACAGUGAGAAAACGCCACUCGAACGAUAUGUUGAAAAAACUGAAUUGCAAAUAAAAUCGAAGUCGGAUUUAAUAGCGAGUUUAAAAGAUAAGGAAAAUAGCAUUCAAACGAGAAUCGAAAAGGUUAGAUCAGAUCCAUCAGAUGGCAAGAUAUGUCGAAAUUGUCACAUGCGCUUAGGUCAUACAUCACGAUCAUGUGAUUUUGAAAAGUGUUCGUUAGUAUUUAAAUGCGGAGAAGAGAAAUUCCAAGUCGGGGAAUCAAAUUUCAAGGAACUUAAAAUCUCAAUAAAAAAGCAUGAAAGCGAACUGAUUAAACUUAGAACUGAACUACAAAACAAAAAAUCUGCCAUCGCGACAAAUAAAGACAGGAUCAGUCACAGAAGAAGUCUACUUUAUUAA